AGUGGAGACAUCUUCGCAACAUCAGAGAGGUGCUCUAUUCUUCCUUUGGUAUUUCUACAACUGCUGUGUCUUUAUUAAGUGUUAGGCACUUCGGUUUCAUUGGUGUUUGGCACUACGUUGGUCUUGGUCACGGAAGUGACCCACGAGCUGUCACCCGCCGAAAACUGUUCCUCAGCGAGCGUUCGCUGCCGGAGAGGGGGCAGCUCGCUAGUGCCAUACUACGGGCGUAGGCAAAUGGGGACAUCCUCGCAACAUCGACGAGGUGCUCCAUCCUUCUUCAGCAGAGUUCCAGGGGGGAUGCGAAGAUCCUCCGAUAAUUGACGCUGGAACGCGAAACGCACCCGCCGCUGGGUCUACAGAGGCUAGAGAUGCUGUUUUUGUUCUACACCGGAACUCUUCCGUCGCUUAACCUGCAGUCAAACAACUCCACGAAAAGUCGAAGCAGACAGGUGUGGCGAUGUGCGAAGGCGGUUGAGGAGUAUCUGGUGCCUCUCCGCAGCUGUGAAGGUGAACCAAUUGACAGUAUCGUUCAGAAUGACUUCCCUGCUUUGGAUAGAGGUAUUCGCAGGUGUAGGAGGAUGUUUUCUUUUAUUCGUCAUUGUGACUGCCGUGUGUUUUUAUCGGAGGGCUCGUCACUACGCAGCGCGAGAGAAAUGCUACAAGGACACCGUCGCGCGGAUGCAAGAGGCCGACGCAUGUUCGUCCACCCAGAAGAAGAGAACGAAAAAAGGGGGUGUAGCGUCUGCGGACACGGUGAUCUCUGUCCCUCCUUCUCCAGCCGCGGCCGCGAUACCUGUGUCUGUGGCGGGACCAUAUCACUACUACACAGAUCCAACGAAGUACACGUAUGACAUGUUUUUCUCUUCAGCCAGAGGAAGCAGGUUUCAUGGUAAUUCUGGCUCUGGGAGAACUUCAAGAAUGAGUUCAGCAGAACCCUCUGCGGGCCCCAGCACGACAGGUAGAAUCCGCGGGGAGUCGAAUCAAUCAGACAACGUCCGACGAGAAGAAGCAUACACCACAUCUAAUACAAGUCAGAGGCGAGAGGCAGGAGUCGAUGCCGCUGGUAAACCAGCAGCAGUUGUAACUUCGUAGGUACCCCUCAUGUCAGAGCACAAUUACAGUUCUCAUGUCUCAACUUGGGAAUCAGCCGAAAAUGACGUGAGAUAGCGGUGAACAAAAACUGUUUCGUGUUGCUGCGUUGGCCUCGUACCGUCGAAGCUGAAAGGUUGUGGAGACGCGUUUCGCAUGGCGUUCCCCGAGGAAAUGAGUAUUUCCAAACGACGGAUGUUGUGAACAUAUUUUACGUGGGGACAGAGUCUGUGUCUCGUUCAAGAACAAUACUCGUCAGGCGCGACUCACAUUGUGUGGGUCGUAUACUCAGUCGAGUUGAAUUUUCUUAAAUAUUCAUCUUAUCGUACUAGGGAGGUCAAAGGCUCGAGUUUGGACAGGGGAUGUUUAGGUGGCGGACAACUCAUGUUUCCUUAUCCCAUCGUUUGGCUGGAUCUGCUUUGGAAACGUUUCCUGGGCUUCCGGCAUCUUGUUUUCACCAGUGCGUUCCCCCCAGGACAGUUAUCAGAAAUUAGGGACAUGUAUGUGGUUUUCUUCGAGGAUGAUUUCUUCGAGUUAAAAAUGGCAACAGGCGACCAAGUGUGGGUUGGUAUGGCGCGUGGUGCGGGAUUUGAUCCAAAGCUCGUGAGCAUAUACUUUCCCAAGCCGUUUCUUUUCCUGGCCGGGAGGUGUGUCAUUCGAUCAACGAGCAACCUUAGAGAGGGAACAGGAUGUGCAAAAUCAUUUGUGGGCGUUUUGUAUACGUGAAAUUUUUGUACAUGGUCUCUAAGUUCAACCCUUUUCGCCACGUCUUCGAUUAAGCGUCUCACCUUGUGA